AUGUCUUCCUCCCGCCGCCAGCGCGUCAUUCAUGGACCUCUCCAUGAUUGCGAUACCUGCGGCGCACAGUUUUUGUUCCACGAGCAGCUCAUCCUGCACAUGACAGACGAGGGCCACUGGCCCACCUGCGAGUUCUGCGGCGAUCGAUUCCGGCGAGUCAACGCCCUCGAAAUCCACGUCGAGGCCAAGCACCACUUCUGGUGCAAAGUCUGUCGCAAGACUUUUGCGACGCAGCGUGGUCUGAUCGACCACAUGGAGGCCAAGGGGCACCGAGGCCCCAUCCACAAGUGCCGGAAUUGCAAUGCAAUGUUUGGGACUGUUGCUGGUCGAGACGCCCACCAGACGGAGAAAGGGCACUGA